AUGUCUGCCAGUACCAUGCGCGUAGAGCAACUACAAAAUAACAGACUGCACCAACUACACGCGUGAUAUCUAUUCCCUUGUGACGGAUCAAACUUGGGUAUUCAUCAUUGCUUCUCCUGUAACAUCAAAGGGAGGUAACUUCCGAUUCAUCAUAAUGGAAACUGAAAGCCAGGCACUAAAUGGCUGCGUCUCCUCGUCAGACAGUUCCACUGAAAAAGAGAGUGCAGGAUCAAGUGAUGUUGAGAAACGUGACCCACCUGUAUUCAAGUGUACAGAGUGUGGCAAAGGGUUAACAACAGCAAGAAACCUGCGGACACAUAUGAUGAUUCACAGUGGCAUCAGGCCGCAUCAGUGCGAUCAGUGUGGUAAAACAUGUUACACAACCAGUGACCUGAACAAACACAAGAAGACUCACACUGGUCUUAAGCCUUUUGAGUGUACUGUGUGUGGCAAGACGUUCACAGAGUCUGGCACUCUGCGGAUACACACGAGACGACACAGCGGCAUCAAGCCCUUCAAGUGUAAAGAGUGUGGUAAAGCCUUUGUACAGUCAGGUGGCCUCAGUAGACACAUGGUCAGGCACAAUGGAAGCAAGCCCUACAUGUGUAAUGAGUGUGGGAAAGCUUUUCCCCCGUUCCUGUUCCUUGCAGAGACACAUGCUAGCUCACAAUACGAUCAGAUCUUUUGAGUGUAAAGAGUGUGAGAAAACAUUUACCACAGCAAGAAACUUGAAGCGACAUAUGAAAUGUCACAGUGACAUCAAAGCGUAUGUAUGCA